GGAGGUCAGGCGAGCUUAUUCUCCAGAUACAUUCCUCGGCGAUUUAGAGAGAGAUUUAUAUAGAAGAAUGGUGGGCGAAGAGAAAAGGCAUCAGAUGAUGCAAAAUUUGUUCGGUGAUCAAUCGGAAGAAGAAGAGGAAGAGGUUGAAUCGGAACACGAAUCAAAUCGACAACCCGAUUAUGUAUCGGAUGAAGGGGACGUCGGGCUGAAGCCUGAAGGUGAAGACGUGGUAGAAGGUCAAGGGGAAGCAGAGGUCAGUAGUGAUACUGAUGGUGAAUUACAUGAGAUGGAUCAAGAUCACAUAGAGAGCGAGGGCGAGAGAGACCAAAGCUCUCAAGAAGUAGAUUUGGGAGAUCAAAGAGAAGAAAGUGAAGGAAAAGAUUCAGGAAGUGACCAACUUGGUCAAAGAGUUGUGACAAGUAGGAGGCGAGAAGUAGUGGAGAGUGAAUCAGAAAGAUCAGAGGAGAACCAUUAUUUGGAUAAUGCAGAUGAAGAAAUUGAUCAGGCUAGAAGUCCAAGGUCCCCUGAUGAAGAGAAAGAUGAAGCUCAUGCACAGACUGCGCCUGAACUCCGAGAUGUAUUUGGGGAAUCAGAUGAUGAAGAACCAGCAGAAUAUGAUGCUGUUCAGAAUCAUCUUGAGGACGAUGCAAAUAGAUCCCCUAUGGAGGAUGAAGGUUACGAGAAGAAUCUCAGACCAGAGGACGUGUUAGCUGAUGAAGAGGGUCGCUAUGAUUCUGAAGAGGAGAAUGUUAUUAAAGCUAAGGAGAAACCAGUAGGACCCCCAUUGGAGCUAGGGAUACCAUUGCGACCUCCUCCCUCACAUCCUGAAAAGAUGAACGUGAUUAAAGUUUCUAAUAUUAUGGGUAUUGAUCCUAAACCCUUUGAUCCAAAGACAUUUGUUGAAGAGGAUGCAUUCGUUGCUGAUGAAUCUGGACAUAGCAAACGCAUUCGCUUGGAGAAUAACAUUGUUCGCUACAGGGCCGUUAGAAAUGCUGAUGGCACUACAUCUUAUGAAAGCAAUGCACGCUUUGUGAGAUGGUCGGACGGCAGCUUACAGUUGCUCAUUGGCAACGAAGUUCUUGAUAUCUCAGUGCAGGAUGCGCAGCAUGAUCAAGCUCAUCUUUUUCUUAGACAUGAGAAGGGAAUACUUCAGUCGCAGGGGAGAGUCCUGAAAAAGAUGAGAUUUAUGCCUUCGUCUUUGACUUCUAAUUCUCAUAGAUUAUUGACUGCACUUGUUGAUUCACGGCAUAAAAAGGUGUUUAGGGUCAAAAAAACUGUCACUGACAUUGAUCCUGAGAGGGAGAAGGAGCAAAAGGAGAAGGCUGAAAGUCAAACAAUUAGGGCCAACGAACUUCUUAGUCGGAAGAAGGAAAAAGUGAACCGGAAGUAUACAACAACCGUGCGCAGGGAGCGCCAACUUUCACCUGGCUUCUUGGAGGAUGCACUUGAUGAGGACGAUGAACAAGAUUAUUACGAUAAUCGUCGCUCUCGACGCCGCUUUGAUGAAGACUUGGAAAUGGAAGCUCGAGCUGAAAAGCGUAUUAUCAAUGCAAAAAAGUCUCAAGGUCACAAAGAUACUCCUCGCAAGUCAUCCUUGAAUGCCAUUAAAUCAUCCAGACGUCCAGUUGAUGAUUAUGAAAGUGAGAGAGAGGAGUCUGAGUAUGAAACCGAGGGUGAGGAAGAUGAGAGGUCCCCUCCGCGUAGGAGGGCUGAGGAGCCAGAGCGUUAUGAUGAUGAAGAUGAGGAAGAACAGUAUGAGGAGGCAUUGGCCGACGAAGCUUCAGAAGAAGAGACAGAGUUCAAGCACAAGUCUUCAGGAGGCAGUCUCAAGCGUCAGGAGAUAGAAUCAGACGAGGAGUCUCCGCCAAGAAAAGCCGCCACAUCUCAUCGUCGAAAGGCACUUGUUUAUGAUAGUGAUGAAGAAUAAAAUAUAUUGGAUAUCGGUACAAGAAUGCAGAUGUGGAUUUUCGAUAACUUGUAACGUUGUUAGAACAAUGCGAAGAGGCAGAUGAUCAACAAUGCAACUGCAAAGAUCCUCGAUGCUUUUCUGUUUGCUUGAUACCCGUUUCUGCUCACAGCAGUCGUAAGUCUUGUCAUCUUAUUCGAUUGAAAUUGAACAUAUCGACAUUACAAAUUACAUAGCAGUUUUCUGAAGUUCAUUUGAUGCAGCAUAUAUUGACCAGUUCUGAAACUUUCCC